GAUUUGCUGGAAAGUCUUCCCAGGAGCCUGCGGAUUCUUUGCACAGCGAAGGCCGGUCUCUGUGGGACAGCAAGAGCUGGGUGAUCCUUACGUCGCCGUCGUUGAGAAGUCACAAACAAAUCUCCCUUCCUCUCUCUCUCUCUCCGUCUCUCUCUCAAGCUACGCGCUUCCUUGCUCUUCCUUGUUGACCCUCUGCUUGAUUCCGUUCUCCUGUGCGAGAGAGAGAGAGAGAUAGAGAGAGAGUGUGUGUCUGUGUGCAGGGGAGACGGAGACGGGGACGGGGACGGUGACGUUCAUUGUAUAUCCUUAUCGAUUAUUUUCUUUUUAUCGCCUUCCAUCGCCUUCUUUGCGUGGAAUGCGGAGAAGCUGAGGGGCGGGUCAACCCGGCGCCAGAAAGAUACUCCGUGCUUCAGCACUUUAGCCCUAAGUCUUGACUUUUGAUUCAGCUGUAUGGUUCUUGAGGAACCACAAUGUCUCUUGAUUUGCAGCCGUAUGGGCAUUUAUGACUGGGAUAGGCAGAAUCUAUUCUAUUGGGAGUAAUCUGAGUAGAGAAGAUGGCACCAGAGGGCAGGAAAAGGGGGAAAAUCAGAUGGAGCAAACUCUACACCUUCUCUUGUAUCCGACCAAGCGUUUUAGAGUCGGAUGGCCCCCUCCCAAGUCCUGGUUUUUCACGGGUUGUCCAUUGUAAUCGCUCUCAAAUGCACAAGAAGAAGCCUUUUAAGUAUCCAAACAAUUAUAUAUCAACCACCAAAUACAAUGCCCUUACCUUUUUACCAAAAGCAACUUUUGAGCAGUUCCGGCGAGUUGCUAAUCUAUAUUUUCUUUUGGCUGCUGCUCUGUCCCUUACCCCUGUAACUCCCUUUUCUGCUGUCAGUAUGAUAGCUCCACUGGUUUUUGUUGUGGGGUUGAGUAUGUUAAAGGAAGCAUUGGAAGACUGGCGACGGUUUAUGCAGGACAUGAAGGUUAACAGCAGGAAGGUAAGUGUUCAUACAGGGGAAGGGAAGUUUGGUAACAAGAGCUGGCAAAACCUCCGAGUUGGAGAUGUUGUGAAGGUGGAGAAGGAUCAAUUUUUUCCAGCUGAUCUUUUGUUACUCUCAUCCAGUUACGAAGAUGGGAUUUGCUAUGUUGAAACCAUGAAUCUAGACGGAGAGACAAAUUUAAAGGUCAAAAGAGCCUUGGAAACAACCCUGCCAUUGGAUAAUGAUGCAGCAUUUGCAGAUUUCACAGCGACAAUUAGGUGUGAAGAUCCCAACCCUAACCUGUACACUUUUGUUGGCAAUUUGGAAUAUGAGCAACAGGUCUUCCCUAUUGAUCCGAGUCAGGUGCUUCUUAGGGACUCAAAGCUUCGGAAUACUCAAUAUGUUUAUGGUGUUGUGAUUUUUACUGGUCAUGAUAGCAAAGUCAUGCAGAAUGCAACAAGAUCUCCAUCCAAAAGGAGCACUAUUGAAAAGAAGAUGGAUUAUAUCAUAUAUCUCCUUUUCACUGUUCUUGUUUUGAUAUCACUAAUCAGCUCCAUUGGCUUUGCUGUGAAGACAAAGUUUUUGAUGCCAAAAUGGUGGUACCUGCAACCUGACAAUACAACCAACUUGUAUGACCCCAAAAAUGCUUCUCUAUCUGGGGUUUUUCAUCUGGUUACAGCUCUAAUCCUGUAUGGCUACCUGAUUCCAAUUUCACUUUAUGUUUCUAUUGAAAUUGUGAAGGUUUUGCAAGCAACAUUUAUCAACCAAGAUCUUCAAAUGUAUGAUGAAGAAACUGGAAACACAGCUCAGGCACGGACUUCAAAUUUGAAUGAGGAACUUGGUCAGGUUGAUACCAUUUUAUCAGACAAGACUGGUACCCUCACCUGCAACCAAAUGGACUUCCUGAAAUGCUCGAUUGCUGGUGUAUCAUAUGGUGUUGGUUCUAGUGAAGUAGAGAUUGCUGCAGCUAAGCAUAUGGCUGUUGAUCAUAAUCGACAAAAGGCUGACCCUGCAGGCAAUCAUGAUAUCCAUUAUUCAUCAGAAAAUGAUGAAGGAAAUCUCCAUUCGCCAGAAAUAGAAUUGGAGCCUAUGACUACUCCCAGAUUUGGGAAUGGCAAAAAGCCAUCGAUAAAAGGAUUUAGCUUUGAAGAUGAUCGGCUUAUGAAUGGAAACUGGUUGAAUGAAGCCAAUGCUAAUAGCAUUUUAUUGUUCUUUCGCAUAUUAGCACUUUGUCACACUGCCAUCCCUGAGCUGAACCCUGAAACUGGUAGCUUCAAUUAUGAAGCAGAGUCUCCAGAUGAAGGUGCAUUUCUUGUUGCUGCAAGAGAGUUUGGCUUUGAAUUCUGUAAGAGAACCCAAACAAGCGUCUUUGUUCGAGAGCGUUAUCCUUCUCCUGCCCAUCCAAUCGAGAGAGAGUACAAGGUACUUAACUUACUGGAGUUUAGCAGCAAAAGGAAGCGGAUGUCUGUAAUUAUCCAAAAUGAGGAGGGUGAAAUUCUCCUUUUAUGCAAGGGUGCUGACAGCAUAAUAUUUGAAAGACUGGCAAAAACUGGGAGAACAUAUGAACAUGAUACAAGCAAGCAUCUAAAUGAAUAUGGGGAGGCAGGACUCCGUACAUUGGCUCUGGCUUACAAGAAACUCGAAGAGUCUGAGUAUUUGGCUUGGAAUGCAGAAUUUCUCAAAGCAAAGACUACUAUAGGGCCGGAUAGAGAUCAUCUACUUGAGCGGGUAGCGGAUUUGAUGGAAAAAGACUUGGUUCUGGUUGGUGCAACUGCUGUUGAAGAUAAACUGCAGAAGGGGGUUCCUCAGUGCAUAGAUAAACUUGCUCAAGCCGGUCUAAAAAUAUGGGUACUGACGGGUGACAAAAUGGAGACUGCAAUCAAUAUUGGAUAUGCUUGCAGUUUGCUUCGUCAAGGCAUGAAAAGGAUCUGCUUAAGUGCAAUUAUUAACACAGAAUUACGGAACCAGGACCACAAAAAGGCUGUCAAGGAAAGCAUUUUAUUACAAAUAACAAAUGCUACACAAAUGAUCAAGCUUGAGAAAGAUCCUCAUGCUGCAUUUGCUUUGGUAAUUGAUGGAAAGGCUUUGUCUUAUGCCCUGGAGGAUGACCUGAAGCAUCAAUUCCUGAGUUUGGCGGUUGAAUGUGCAUCUGUAAUUUGUUGUCGAGUAUCCCCAAAGCAAAAGGCACUGGUAACAAGACUUGUGAAAGAGGGGACUCGUAAAACAACCUUGGCUAUUGGAGAUGGAGCGAAUGAUGUUGGCAUGAUUCAGGAGGCAGAUAUUGGUGUUGGGAUUAGCGGGGUAGAGGGAAUGCAGGCAGUGAUGGCUAGUGACUUCUCCAUUUCUCAGUUUCGUUUUCUGGAAAGGCUUCUUGUGGUUCAUGGGCAUUGGUGCUAUAAGCGAAUUGCUCAGAUGAUUUGCUAUUUCUUUUACAAAAAUAUUGCCUUUGGGCUCACCAUUUUCUACUUCGAGGCAUUCACGGGAUUUUCAGGCCAGUCAGUUUAUGAUGAUUGGUACAUGCUUCUAUUCAAUGUCAUUCUAACUUCAUUACCAGUUAUAUCCUUGGGAGUUUUUGAGCAAGAUGUUCCUUCUGAGGUCUGCUUACAGUUUCCCGCACUCUAUCAGCAAGGACCAAAGAAUCUCUUCUUUGACUGGUAUCGCAUAAUUGGUUGGAUGGUAAAUGGUUUAUAUUCUUCGAUCAUAAUUUUCUUCAUCACUGUUUUCAUCCUCGGCCCACAAGCAUUCCGUGAUGGGGGUGAGACUGCAGACAUGGCUGCUGUUGGAGCAAUCAUGUUUACCUGUAUCAUCUGGGCGGUGAAUUGUCAAAUUGCUCUUACCAUGAGCCAUUUCACGUGGAUCCAACAUCUCUUUGUGUGGGGAAGCAUCUGCACUUGGUACCUCUUCCUACUCCUCUAUGGCAUGUUAUCACCAUCCAUCACAGGAAACUCCUCCCGAAUUUUCAUAGAUGUUGUAGCCCCUGCACCCAUCUACUGGAUUGUGACAUUUCUGAUCACUGCUGCCUGCAACUUCCCCUACUUUUCCCAUAUCGCAUUCCAGAGGGCAUUCCACCCCAUGGAUCACCAUAUCAUACAAGAGAUAAAAUAUUACAAGAAGGAUAUUGAGGAUGAGAACAUGUGGAGAAGGGAAAGAUCAAAGGCUCGGGAGAAAACAAAGAUUGGAUUUACAGCAAGGGUAGAGGCCAAAAUCAGACACUUGAGAGUGAAAAUGCAUAAGAAGCAGACUUCUUCGGGUCCGCAAUCAGAAUUUCCAUCUUCUCCAAUGUCAGGCGCAUGAUACAUGCCUUCUCUCAUUUUCGAUUUUUUUUAGUCCUUGUAAUUCUUUUUGCUUUUUGGUCUACAUAUUCAUUUUAUACAUUUAUUUUGAUCUGGGGUUGUGUCAGUCCCCACUAUAAUGCUGUGAAUGUAUGUAUUAUAUUUUUCUUUCUAUACAGAGCUCUUGCACAUCAUAAGAUUGUCUCAUGAAUCCUAUUUUCAUGGUUCUGGCCCUUCUGGCUUAUUUUGAUUUA